AUGGCCUGCUGCACUCCAUUGUUGAAUUGUUGGGGUCCUUCCCUGACCUUCUUGCCUUUGCAGCCACCUGCCACCCCUGGUGCUCUGCCUUCUCAUCUUACCCAUCUCUUCUCCUCGACCCUAAUGUCUCUUUCUGCUCCUCUCGCCAUUUUCCAAAUGCCAGAAACACCUCUGUACCCAAACGCCCAUAUCCAUUUACAAGAGAUACCAGUUUCCUGGGGUGGAAGAAAUAGCAUGACCAAAUGGCAUCUUUGCGACCCUUGGCUAGUGGUGUGUGACGACAUGCUUCUCAUGGUUGGCUGCCAGAGUGAAUUCCCAGGAAUAACACGGGAUGUAUUUGAAGCUUACCGUAUUGACACUUCGACUGACCCUGCAAAGUGGGUGAAGGUGGAGAGGUUGGAGAACUGGGCGAUAUUCAUCAGCAGUGACCGGAGAGUUCAGCCACUUUCAUGCCUGAAUCCAGAGAGGUGGGGAGGGAGGAGCAACUGUGUAUACUGCUAUGAUUAUGAAUUUGGCCAUUUGGUUGCAUUUGAGUUGGGCAAGCCACUGCCUGAAGAUGAUGCCACCAGGUCUGAUGUCUUUAUUUUCACAUGUGUUGGUAGCAUGGUGCAACCUAUAUGGAUUGUCCCCAGUAUGCUCUCUUUGUGUUGUGAUGGUCAGUGA